AUGGUACCGGACGAGCUGAUUCUGGGUCACAGCAGAUACCAACUGGUGGUCCUCGCCUGUGCCCACAUCUCAGCCUUCAUGGCAGUCUUCCACCAGGUCUCCACCUACCUGCUCUCCCGCCCCGUGGACCACUGGUGCAAGCCUCCAGCUCAAUAUGCCCACAUGUCUCCGGAAGCCUGGAAGAACUUGAGCAUCCCGCUGGAAGAAGAGGGGCACUACAGCCAGUGCACCAUGUACGAUCCGCCCGAUGGUCCCUCGAACGCCACCAGGAAGGUAGUGGGAUGUGUCCAGUGGGACUACAACCUUAGUCCCGGCGUCCAGACUAUGGUGAGCCAGUGGAACCUCGUCUGCGGCGACGCUUUGGACCUGCCUGUGAUCGUGGUUUAUACCAUCGUGGCCGACAUGCUUUCCAUUCCAGUCAUUGCUCAGGUUUCCGAUAAGGCGGGUAGAAGGAACGUGAUCUACGCCUGCGUCGUCUUUGCGGUGGUGACGUGGGGUGUGGUCUAUUUUGCCACCAGCUACGUGCUGUUCACUGUUGGACGCAUCUUCCUCUCAAUCGCGCUCAGUACCCUCAGGAUGAACACCCUCAUCCUGCUCUUCGAAGUGACCUCUCCGGGUUACCGGGACUGCUUCAUCAGCGCGGCGCACCUGGGCGUCGCUCUGGCAAUGACGUCGGCUACGAUGCUCGGCUGUGCCACCGUGUCCAAGCGAACCGUCUUGGCCGUUGGCAUGAUGCCCACGGCGCUGUUCGUACUGGCUGUUGGCGUCGUCGACGAGUCACCGCGCUUGUUGGCGACCCGCUGGGAGUUCGAUCGGGUAAUGAACGUGCUGAGGUGGAUGUACCGCGUGAACGGGACCUCCUUCGCGCCACCGCCUCUAAAGAACCACUUCCAGGUCAAGCGGAACGAAGCGUUCCACGACCUAGUUCAGGUGACCAUCCUCGACCUCCUUUCUCAAGCUGCUCUCAGAAACCGCACCAUCCUUGUGGGUGGCGUAUGGUUCUGCUUCAUCUGCUCGUACUACGCCUCCUGGCAGCUGAGCCCAAAGAUCUGCGACGUGACCCUUCUACUGGUCAUAUCCUUGUACCAGGUGUCCACCGCCCCAGUGUCAUGCGUACUCUUGAGACUCUACGGCAGGAAGGCGUCCUUGAGCGUGGUUUGCGUCUUGUCAGGUGGCCUCGCCUGCGUUCAGUCAGUGUCGGUGAUACUGCCCGACUAUAUGGCAACUAUAUUGCGGCACUUGACCCUGUCUACUAUUCUUCUCAAUUUUUUCCUCUGCUACGUUUACACGCUAGAGCUUUAUCCGACGGUCAUGAGAACCAUGGGAGUCUGCACCGCCAUGUUGUGCGGCAAGCUCGGUUCCGUCGUCUCUUUUUUUGUGAGGGAUCAGUCUAAGGUUCAUCCGAGUGUGCCGGACAUUUUGAUUGCAGCUUUGAUGAUAGGUGCCAUGGUCCUGUUGUCAUGGCUUCCCGAGACGAAGUACACCAAGGUCCCGGACACGCUGUACGAUGUCGAGACUCAGGUUGUGAGAGGAAUCGUCAUCAAGAUGUUCCAAAAAUGA